AUGCGCCUCUUCCUCGCCCGCCACGGCGAAACCGUCGACAACGUCGCCGGCAUCUACGCAGGAUCCCGCGACUCCCCGCUCACCGCCCACGGCGUGCUGCAGGCGCGCCGGCUCGGCGCACACCUUGCGGAGCGGGCGGCGGUGCUUGGGCCCGUCGAGCAUGUCUUUGCGUCGGAUCUGAGGAGGGCGGCGGAUACGGCGGGGGCGGUGGUUGAUGUGCUGUCCGUGGCAAGGCUGGGCAUGGCGGGGGGUGGUGGUGGUGGUGAUGCUCCUGAUGGGGGUGCUGGGGUUGACGGUGUUGGUGGGGGUGGCAAGUUGCCCUUGGGGGUGGUCCGGCUGCCGGAGCUGAGGGAGCGGGACUUUGGCCUGGCGGAGGGCCAGAAGUUUGGCGUGGAUCUCGCUGCUGCCGGGGCGGAGUCCAGAGAGGGGAUGCGGCGGCGCGCGGAGCGGUUUGUGGCUGGCUACCUUGUGCCGCUGUUCACGGCCGAGCGGGCGGCUGCUGGGGGCUGUGUGGUCGUGGUGGCCCACGGGUUGAUCCUCGACUCGCUUCUGCGGGUUCUGCUGGCGCGGUUUGGUCCCCGGGAGUUGGCGCGCUUGGGGGCGAAGAUGCCCGGCUGGAGUAAUACCGGCUAUGUCGAGCUCGUCGUUGGAGUCCACUCCGCGCCACCAGUUGUGGUUGGCGGUUCGGAUGGCUCCCCUGAGGUGUCUGGUAAAAGGACACCGACGCCGGAACCAUCAACCCCGGCCCCGCAACAACCACCGGUCACCUUGACCGUGGUCGGCGUCAAUGUCGUCAAACAUCUCGAGGGCUUGAAAAAGACCCGAGGUGGCAUCGGCAGCGCCCAGUUCGAUAAGCGGCAGAGGACGGUGGAUUCCUUCUUUGGCCCCGCAGCCAAGAAGGCGAAGGUUGAGCGAGGGUAUGGUGAUGGUUGA